GUGUGUGAAAGAAAAAAAUUGUAUGUGAAAAACGAGUUGCUCAAGCAUGAUCAAAACAGAAGAACACAUGGAAACAUCUUCUGCUAUGGUGGAUGUUAGUGAUGAUCAGGGAAUUAUUGUUGGUGGUGGUGGAGGGGGUUCCAAUUCUUCCGCCGGUUAUCACUAUCGGCCACUUUCGUCCAACAUCGUAAUGGCUUCGGCGCACAUCAUAGAGAAUCCUGCUCUGCAGCAGCAACAGCAGCAACAGCAACAAGACGAUGGCAGGAACUGUGGUCCUAUGAUGAGCCAUCCCUAUCAUCAUCACGCUUCCUUUCAUGCUCACGGUCAGUCUGUGUCGUCGCAUCAUCCACAGUCCCAUGGCCACUUCCAACCUCAUCAUCCUCAUCAUCAUCAUCACCAUCAUCAGCAGCAGCACACGCAAGGUAUCGAUGUGAAGGAUGAGAUGGAUGAUCGUAACUCAUCUCCGCCGGGAAUUGGUGCGAUCGCUUACCCAAGUAACAUCGAGCUCAAGCUGGAAGGUGACAAAAUUUCGUCCAUGUAUCACCAUCACCAUCAUCCGCACCAUGCGUUUGAUAAGCUGCCCUCGUACUACAUCAACCACCGAUCGCCGUAUCUGAUCUCCCAAAUAAAUGACCCCGAACCAUUGGUGGGUGGUGAUGGUGGAUCACUCGGAGCGGAAUGUCUACGAGGUGCUCCCGGUAGCUACCUGCUAGAAAGCUCCAUCAAUACGCUCAAACUGUCCAGUGAAUCAAUGGGAGGAACUUCCCCUUCGGUAAUGAUGAGUUAUGGCGGCGAGCUUGCGAUCGGAUCGCUUGUCGGGCAGCAACGAUCACGCAGCAACGGAAGUAGUGCCAGUGCUGGGAAUGCAUCGCCAAGUUCUUCGACGAUCGUUACGAACCCUUUCGUUGUACAGCAACAGCAGCAGCAGCAGCAGCACCAGCAUCAGCAAGAUCAACAGCACCAUUAUCAUCUUCAUGCUCAUCACCAACAGCUACACGAUUCCGGCGGACUUGCAGACACGGUUGGAAGUGUUUGCCAGCGUAAUGAGACAUCCGUCGGAAUGGGUGUUGGGCAGCAGCAUUCAGUACAGGCAACUAGCAGUACAAGCGGCGGACACAUCACGAUCACCGAUGGCUCACUUCACCUGUCGAAAUCGACGUCCGUAUCGCCGGUCUCUCAUCUUGGUUCACCGUGCUCCACAUCGACGACUCCACCGGUUUCGGUGGCGAGCUCUACCGGAGGUACUACUGGUCGGAAAAAUACAACCUCCAACCAUGGGACAAGCGGUAACGGCGGUGGUGGAGAGCAACAGCUUAGCAGUACGACCGGCAACGGAACGUCGGCCAGUACUGGCAGCGGUAGUGGAGGUGAAGGUGGACAGAAGAAACCGAAUGGAGGCCGCCGGCAGGAGAAACCUCAGCUCAGCUACAUCAACAUGAUCGUGAUGGCGAUCAAGGACUCGCCCCAUCGGCGCCGUACACUGAGUGAAAUCUACAAAUAUCUCCAAUCGAAGUACGAGUUUUUCAACGGUGAGUAUAACGGCUGGAAGAACUCGGUACGGCACAAUCUUAGCCUUAACGAGUGCUUUAAGAAGCUGCCGAAAGAGUGUGGUAAACCGGGCAAAGGCCACUACUGGACGAUCGACGCUUCGGCCGAGUACAUGUUCGAGGACGAGGGUAGCUUAAGGCGUCGUCCACGUGGCUUCCGGCGAAAGCAACAGCUAAAGGGGUACGGUGGUGGUAGUGCGUUUUAUCCGGCCGGAAAUACGGGAUACGAGUUGACCGAGCUGUCUGGUGGAUAUCUUUCGCAACCGUAUGGUGGAUAUGCGGAUUAUGGCAGCAUUCCACCACCGUCGGCUGUCCUAGGUCAAGGACCGACGGGUUCCGGUGGCGGUGGACAUCAAACCGGCGGCUAUCCGGAACCGCAUUCAGCAUCCGGCGGUACAUCCUCCUGGCACUAUCCGUCGGCUGUGGAUGGUUUGAGCCAAUAUUCGAAGAUAACGCACACAUCGCUGCAUGAACCGCUACAGGCACCAGGAUCGCCAGGACAGCAAGGACCGACGGGUGCGGGUGUGCUGGAGUAUGGCAAUUAUGCUUUUACCAAUGCGACAACAGCUCCCUACGGACUCGAUACUGGAUUGAAAAUUGCGUCUCUCUCACAAAUGGCACCACCGCCAACCUCAGUUUCGACCACGUCCACAUCCGUCGCAUCGUCUUCGUCAGGCUCGGCGCCAACGCACAACACCGGAAGCUCCCCAGCGCUCGGUUCCCUGAUCCUUUCCAGCACCAGCACCGUCCCAGGAAGCAAUGAAGCACCAUCGAGCGUGGUUAUCGUUGGCGGUGGAGUGUCCGAUAGUGAGCCCUCACCGAUGGACUGUAAAAGUGACGUUUACGGUGGUGUUGCUGUUGGACAUUCGAUGCUUGCAAAUGGAUCCACCGCAUCCGCUGGUACCACCUCAGCCAGCGGACAGUUGCAUCAGCACACCCUUAACGGUGGCGGAAGCCAUCAUCCACAUCAUCAUCAUGCUCACCUGCAGACGACGACGCAUCAUCAUCCUGGACAUCAUUCGCAUCACGCGCAUACGUCCCACCAUCUGCACCACCAUCAUCACAGCAACCAUCUUAAUCUGGCUGCUCCGUACUGA